UUGGUGAAGAAGAAGAAGAAGGCUGAAAAGCUUGAUAGAAGCGUGAAAAAUGCUUCGAAAUGGAAGAACUGUCAGCUGUCGCAGCAACCUUUAAAGGAUUUCAAAGAACUAAAGCUGAAAGAGAAUAAGGACUAUAAAGGAGAUGAAGUGAAAGGAGACGAAUAUCUUGACAGCAACCAGUCGGAAUUUCUCUGCCCUGUAACUUCCCUUCCUAUGAAUGGCAUCAACAAAUUUGUUGUGAAUUGGAAAUGCGGCUGCGUAUUUUCUGAAAAGGCAGUGCAAGAGAUAAAGUCGGAUGUUUGUUACGGAUGCUCCGGACCAUGGGAUCCAAAAGAUUCGGUAGUCUUAUAUCCAGACGAAGAACUUCUGGAGGAGUAUAAGCAAAAGUUGGCUGCUGAACGUGCGGAGAAGAAGAACAAGAAGAAGAACGGAGAAAAUGGUGUAGGGCAGGUGAAUGGAGAGGGCACUGAAAAAAACGUUGCAAACGGCGAAAUUAAGGACGGACUUGAACACAAGAAGGAGGAGCAUGCGCAUAGAAAAAAUAACGGUAAUUUACAAACUUUUAUUGGUUUUUAUUUUUUUGUAUUUUGCUCUGAAUUUUUUAAUUGAAU